CUGUGUGGAAAAUGGGAUCUCCCCAGAAGUGCUGUGUCCAGACUGAAGCCAGUCUCGAAAUUAUGAAAGCUGGAAGUAUCCUGAGGAAAGCAAAGUCUCAAAUUUGGAGACACCGUCACUACAAACUGCAGGAAGACUGCAAGACGAUUGCAUACAAAUCAAGCUGGGCUUUGAACUCUUAUUCAACCUUCUCUGUAGGUGAUGUGGAGGCUGUGCGGGAGGGCCAUCAGUCAGAGGUGUUCCUGAGUAUGGCAGGAGAAUUUCCUCCAGAACGCUGCUUUACACUGGUGUUUCAUGGCCGCCGUGGAAACCUUGACCUUGUGGCAGAGUCUGCUGAGGAGGCCCAGGCUUGGAUUCAGGGCAUGCGGAUUCUCAUUGACAACCUGGAGAACAUGGACAAGAGGGAAAAACUUGAUCAAUGGGUCUCUGACUUGUUCAUUAAAGCAGACAAAAACAGAGAUGGCAGAAUAAGCUUUAAGGAGGCUCGGAGGUUACUGAAACUUAUGAACAUGGACAUGAAUGAAGACCAUGCAUGGCUUCUUUUCAGGAGGGCUGAUAAGAGCAAGACAGGCAUGUUGGAAGGUGAUGAAUUUAUCCUCUUCUAUAAGAUGCUCACUGAGAGAACAGAAAUUUUGGAGCUGUUCCAGGACUACUCCAGUGAUGGAGAGACGCUUUCGCACUGUGAUCUGGAGGAAUUUCUGCGAGAAGAACAGCUUGAAGGAGAGAGGAGUCAUGAGCACGCACUCGAGCUGAUAGAGCAGUAUGAGCCAUCAGAUACGGGAAAAACCUGCCACAUCAUGUCAAUAGAUGGCUUUCUGAUGUAUCUGACUUCUGUCGAGGGCUCUAUCUACAACACAGAUUACAAGCAUCUCUAUCAGGAUAUGACCCAGCCUCUCAAUCAUUACUUUAUCUCCUCCUCACACAACACAUAUCUUUUAGAGGACCAGCUGAAAGGGAGGAGCAGUGUGGAGGCCUACAUUCAGGCUCUGAAGCGAGGAUGCCGGUGCUUGGAGAUUGACUGCUGGGAUGGUUCAAACGGAGAGCCUGUGGUUUACCACGGACACACUCUCACAUCCAAGAUUUUCUUUAAAGAUGUGGUCACCACAGUGGCAAAAUAUGCCUUCAAGGUGUCAGAGUACCCAGUAAUCUUGUCCAUUGAAAACCAGUGUAGCAUAGAACAACAGAAAGUCAUGGCUCAGAUCUUAAAGGAUACAUUUGGUGACAUGUUGCUGAAGACUACAAUAGAUGGCAAGGUACCUCACGAGUUGCCAUCUCCGGAGGAACUUAAGGGCAAAAUCCUCCUGAAAGGGAAGAAGAUUGGUGGACUGGAGUGUUUGGAAGUAGACAGUCCAGUAAGCGUUGAAGUAAGUGAUGAAGACGAAGCUGCAGAAACACUUAAGAGCAGUCCGACUGCAGAGAGCUGGCCGUCAGAAAGCAAGAAAUCAAAGCAAAAUAUAUCCAAGGAGUUCUCAGACCUUAUCAUAUACUUCAAGAAGGUACCAUUCAGAGGCUUUGAGCACGCAAGCAGCCACAGCAAGCCUUAUGAGAUAUCCUCCUUCUCAGAGUCCAAGGCUCGCAAAUAUAUCAAGGAAGCUGGAUGUGAUUUUGUUCAGUACAAUACAAGGCUGCUGAGCAGAGUGUAUCCUAGUGGACUGAGAACAGACUCUUCAAACUUCUGUCCCCAAGAAAUGUGGAAUGUGGGGUGUCAAACUGUGGCUCUUAACUUCCAGACUGCGGGAAUAGAGAUGGAUCUUAAUGAUGGUCUCUUUAGUCAGAAUAAUCGCUGUGGAUAUGUUUUAAAACCUGAUAUCCUGCGUAAUAGAGAGCGAUGUUUCAAUCCAGAGAGGCCCCAGGACUGCAAGGACUUCUGUCCCCUCAACCUCACUAUUCAGGUAAUUAGUGGCCAGCAGCUCCCUAAGAUAAGCAAAAAAGAAGGCUCAAUUGUUGACCCCUUUGUAAGGGUGGAGAUCUAUGGUGUUCCUCUGGACCAGACCAAACAGGAGACCAAAUACAUUGAGAACAAUGGAUUCAACCCAUGCUGGAGUGAAAUAUUAGAGUUUGUGGUCCAUACUCCUGAGCUGGCACUGGUGCGCUUUGUUGUGGAAGACUAUGAUAAAGCAUCCAAGAAUGAUUUUAUAGGGCAGUACACACUACCUUUUUCCUGUAUUCAGACAGGGUAUCGCCAUAUCCAUCUUUUAUCGAAAGAUGGCACAAGCAUUUGCCCCUCUUCGUUGUUUGUGCACAUUAAAAUUACAGAGGUAACAGAGGUUCCCAGAGCCUCUUAGAUUGCCUAUCAAGAACAUGCAGCAUGAUGGCAACAAUCCUGGAGAUGCCUCCACACACAUUUGCAGAAUGUAUACUGAUAUAGUGUGCUGUUGUGUAUACAUACAUAUGAAGUUAAAUUAGUUCAGAAUUCAUAGUACUACUACAAUUACUGGUCUGGUUUUAAAUGCUAAGCACAUAUGGAAAGAUUCCCCAAAAGUAGCCAAAACUGAAGGACCCAUUGGUUUAGUAUUUAUGUUUAACUGAUAAAUAUGAUAUAUAGAUUUCAAUGAUUUUCUGGCUUUAGAAACUAGUAAAGGAUUUUAAAACUGUAGAAUAAAUUAUUUUACAAGUUGUAGACCUUCUAC